AUGCGGCUCCUAGCGAAAGCGGCGGCCAGAGUCGGGGGCGUAGUCCUAGUGAGCAGAAGCGAAGUCGACGUCCCAGCGAGCAGAAGCGAUGGCGUCCGGAAGUGGCUGCGCCGUCCCAGCGAGCUUCGGAGAAGCAGUGGUGGCUUCCCGGUGGGUCCUGAUCCCUCCUGUCAUGCAGAAAUGUGCUUCCUCUCUUGGUUCUGCCACAACAUGCUGUCUCCUAACAAGGAUUACGAGGUCACCUGGUACGCCUCUUGGAGCCCUUGCCCAGAGUGUGCAGGGCAGGUGGCCGAGUUCCUGGCCAGGCACAGAAACGUGAGGCUCACCAUGUUCACUGCACGCCUCUACUACUUCUGGAAUCCGGGUUUCCAGCAGGGGCUCCGCAGGCUGAGUCAGGAAGGGGCCUCCGUGCUGAUCAUGCCCUAUGAAGAUUUUAAAUAUUGUUGGGAUAACUUUGUGUACAAUGAUGGUCAGACAUUCAAGCCUUGGAAGAGACUUCUGCAACUCUCUAUCCCUGUACAGAACGCUACAGGAGAUUCUCCAGUGAAGGGUCUCCCUGGGCCUCCCGGUCUGGCUGCUCUAGCCUCCUGCUCUUCCUGCGAGGGCCUCCAACCCAUCCUGGACCAGCUUUGCUUUUGCCGGGUCAUCCUGAGCUCCUCCUGCCCUCAGGCCCAUUCCACAGUGCUCACUGCCUCCUCCCAGCUCUCCCCAGCUCCUCCUGCAGAGGCCCCUUUCUGCCUCCAUGGCUAGCUCCAUCCACCCCUUUAGAACACAUUCCCCCAGCCUGGCGCCCCAACCUGGCUCUUCCCAUCUCCCCAGGAAAACCAAAUCUUACUAAAGUCAACACAGGUUGGGUGCAGUGGCUCAUGUCUGUAAUCCCCGCACCUUGGGAGGCUGGUGAGAGGAUCACUUGAGGUCAGGAGUUUGAGACCAACCUGGCCAACAUGGUGAAACCCCAUGUCUACUAAAAAUACAAAAGAAUUUAAUCAGGUGUGGUGGCUCAUUCCUACAAUGUCAGCUACUCGGGAGGCUGAGGCGGGAGAAUUCCUUGAACUCCAGAGGCCGAGGUUGUAGUGAGGUGAGAUCGUGCUAUUAUACCCCAGCCUAGGUGACAGAGCAAGACUCCCUCUCAAAAUAAAGAAAUCAAAUUGAAUAAAUAAAAUGUAGUGUGAUUAAUGAUAAUAA